GGUAUCAUUUCACUACUCUCCCACUCGAUAACUCAUUUCCUAGCUCAACUCCUUCCCCAUUUUCCUCCCAACCAAACACAAUCUCUCUCUCUCUCUCUCUCUCUCUCUCUCUCUCUACAUGCACACAUCCAUGUUCAAUAUUCUUAUUUUGAUCAUAGUUUCACUAUCACUAGUUUCACUUAGCUCAAGCAAUAUCCACUCAAACACAUGUAGAUCCUAUUGUGGCAACUUAACUGUUGAUUACCCAUUUGCCCUCCAAUAUGGAUGCGGGCAUCCGGGUUUCCGAGACCUCUUAUUUUGCAUGAAUGAUGUGCUCAUGUUCCACAUAAGUUCCGGAUCCUACCGGGUCUUGGACAUAGACUAUGCUUAUCAAGCCUUGACACUAAAUGACCCCCACAUGUCCACUUGCGAUGCCAUCAUGCUAGGCGGCAAGGGCAACGGGUUUGCCGUUGAGACGUGGCGGUCCCCAUACAUGACACCUGCCGCCGAUAACGUGUUCCUGCUCAUCGGUUGCUCCGCCCAAUCCCCGCUCUUCGAAGGGUUCCCGGGUAAGCACUUGCCCUGCCGGAAUGUCUCGGGUAUGGGUUGUGAGGAGUACUAUGGGUGUCCGGCAUGGGACAUGUUGGGCCAUAAGAGUUUCGGCUCGAUGUCCGGGCCCGGCCCGCUGGAGUGCUGCGCAUUGUCGUUUGAUUCUAUAAAGACUAUAAAUCUUAGUAAGCUGGAGUGUGAAGGCUAUAGCAGUGCUUAUAGUUUGGCCCCAUUGAGAGUGGAUGGGCCUAGUGGGUGGUCAUAUGGCAUACGUGUGAAAUACUCCGUUCAAGGAAACGACGAGUUUUGUAGAGCGUGCGAGGCAACCGGUGGCACGUGCGGGUAUGGUACGGACGGCAUUAGGCAAUUGUGCAUGUGUGGCACUUCAAAUUCAACCUCAAAUUGUGACUCCAUUAAAUCGUCAUCAAGCAGAAGGAUAUCCUCUAUGGCCGACACAAUUGCAAGAUUUUUACUGUGUUUGGUGGCAAUGGUGACAAUCAACAGACACUAAAGAGAAGUCAGAAUCUCAGUAUUUAGUCAUGCAAACGUCAACGUGACAUUUGUGUUUUUUGAACUUUACACGUUUGCGGAGAGAUGUAUUUUAUAUAGUUUCAUUUCAUAUCAUAAAAAUUAUUUAUUAUCAGUUUUGAGCUCACAGAUAUGGAGAAAGGUGAUGGGCUUAUUCUUGUUUUCUUUGUACUUUGUAAUAUCAGCAUCAUUACUAUGGAAGUGGAUUUUUUUUUUUUUUUUU